CACACCCCUUCCCUCCUAUCCGACCUUCAUCCAACCCGAAACAGGGAGCGGAGCCGCACAAGCGGCGGAGCCCCGAGUCCGCGGAGGAGGGGCGAAGGCCUACUGAUGCCCUCCCAUGGCUGCCCGCGCGCUGGCCCCGCCACCUCCUCUAGGUAGCAUGUGGGGGCCCCCGUGCGCCGCCGCCGGCUCCCCCGUCACGGAGGCCUCUGCCGCGGCCGCUCAUGCCGCACGGCGCGGCGGGGCCGCGGUCAGCUCUGCCCUGUCCGGCCUUCGGGGGAGGCAUUCCUUGUGUUCGGUGCAAUUCAUGGAUGGUCUUAGAAGCAAUAUUCAAGCAGAAGUGAACCUGGCUCUUUCCCCAAAGGCUUCAAUGUCUAAUGGGAGUGACGAUUCUACCAUAACCUGUAAAGGAUUCUGUACAAUAUCAUGGAACCUGAAAGCAGAUGUACAAGAUGGUUACCUAAUAUUCAUAACAGGAGACCCUGUUACCCUGGGCUGUUGGGAAUCCAACAUGGCUGUUCAGUUGGCUCCUUCUGUUGAAAGCAAUAAUAUAUGGACAGCUGAAAUAAAGGUGCCAUAUGGGGUGCACUUCAAAUAUAAUUAUUUUGUUCGAGAAGAAAAAGGUUCAUGUUCUGAUAUUAUAUGGAGGCCAGGUCCAGAUUACUCCUUAUCAAUACCUUCAGUUGGCCGGAAAAAGCAGCUCCUUGUGAAAGAUCUAUGGAUGAAAACCAGUGUGGCAGGUCUUCCUGCUCCUUCAUGGGGAUCAUGGCUGAUGGAAGCUGGUUCUUUUGAAGGUGAAUAUUUUGAGGGUGGAAAUCAUUGGAGCACAGCGGAAGCUCACUCUGCUAGGGAUACAGCAGAUCAUGAUUUAUCUGUAGGUGAGCAUAUUAUAUUGAAAAUCGGGAAUGGCACACCUUUACAUGCAAAGCUGUUAUCAGAGAAUCUAUCUACCAGCAUGCACAAUAGUAUAACCAACAAACCAAAUGCCAAUAAUAUAAACCAACAUGGAAGGUAUCAACUUGUAGAGGAGCCAUGGAUUCAUGAAUCUAUUGUGGCUUCAAAGAAACCAGUUGCAAGAGUCAAGGAUAAAAAAGGCAAAAAGAAGUUUGUCAAUAAUAAGCAUGAUUCGAGCAGAGCUAGUGAAUACAUGCCUCAAGAGGAUCAGCCUGUUGAAGAGCCAUGGUUACUUGAAUCUAUGGUGGAGGCAAAUGAAACUAUAGUUCAUGCUGAUGGAAAAAUAGAAGCGAAGGAUAUUAUCAGAAAGCUAAGGAAUAUAGAAAAACCGCCAGCACCUCUGGAGGAGAAUAAGUCAACUACUGGUGAACCUUCAUCAAGAGUUAUACUUAUUAACUCCUCUGUCUGCACUAUGCAGAGAAUUGCAGUAUUAGAAGAUGGAAAACUAGUUGAACUCUUGCUGGAACCCAUCAAGAACAAUGUACAGUGUGAUAGUAUUUACUUAGGUAUAGUAACAAAGCUUGUUCCUCAUAUGGGAGGAGCAUUUGUAGAUAUUGGAAUUUCAAGGCCUUCUCUUAUGAGUAUAAAGCAAAACCGAGAUCCUUUUGUGUAUCCUCAAGUUGUAAAGAACAGUAGAGCAGAUCCUGUCGAUGAUUCUUACUAUAACGAAGAGAACCUUCCAACUUAUGACGAAGAUGAUGAUAUGAGUGAUGAUGAGUUUGCAGAUGAAGAAACUCAUGAUGGCUCGUCAUCAUUUCCAGUUGAGAAUAUUACAGAUAAUGAAGAAGGCAUGGCAUUAAUACCUGAUGCCAAGAUAGACAUUGUCGAUAGUGCUGAAUUUGAAGGCAUUUCUGGUUAUGACGAAGACAAAGAUGAUGAAGAUGAUCACAUGGAAGAUGAAUAUAGCGAGGAAAUACUGCAAGCAGAUCAGUCAGAAAUUUCCAAUGAUCUUAAGACUUUAUCUUCAAUCCAACAUGCUUUGAGAGAAUCUAAUGACGACACAAAUGGAAGCAGGUGGUCUCGAGUUCGCAAGGGCACUAAAAUUAUGGUUCAGGUUGUCAAGGAAGGCUUGGGUACGAAAGGUCCAACACUUAGUCCAUUUCCAUGCCUGCGAAGCCGAUUUUGGAUAUUGGUUUCCCGUGGUAACAAAGUUGGAGUAUCCAAAAAGAUUACCGGUAUAGAGCGCACCAGGUUAAAGGGAAUAACAAAAUUAUUGCGACCUCCUGGAUUUACAUUGACAGCUCGUACAGUCGCUGCUGGUCAUUCUUGGGAGGAAUUGCAGAGGGACCUUGAUGGCUUGCUAUCUACCUGGAAAGUAAUAACGGAACAUGCUCAAUCUGCUGCCUUGGCUGCUGAGGAGGGAGUGGAUGGUGCUGUUCCUGUAAUGUUGCACAGAGCAAAGGGUCAGGCUCUAUCUGUUGUUCAAGAUGAUUUCAAUGAGAAGGUGAAGAGACUGGUUCUGGAUUCUCCUCGAACAUAUCAUGAGGUUACAAGCUAUCUCCAAGAAGUUGCACCUGAGCUCUGCAGUCGAGUUGAUCUUUAUGAGAAAAGAAAGCCUAUAUUUGAUGAAUACAACAUUGAGAAGGAGAUAGACAAUAUCCUUUGCAAAAGGGUACCGCUACACAAUGGGGGUUCUCUGGUCAUAGAACAGACUGAAGCUCUGGUUUCAAUUGAUGUGAAUGGUGGUCACAGUAUGUUUGGUCAGGGAACAUCCCAGGAGAAGGCUAUUUUAGAAGUCAAUCUUGAAGCUGCAAAACAAAUUGCCCGUGAGUUGCGCUUGAGGGAUAUCGGUGGUAUUAUUGUUGUGGAUUUUAUUGACAUGACAGAUGAUUUGAACAAAAGGCUAGUCUAUGAAGAAAUGAAGAAGGCAGUAGAAAAGGAUCGGUCAACAGUUGGUGUUUCAGAAUUAUCAAAACUUGGUUUGAUGGAGAUAACUAGAAAAAGGGUUAGACCAAGUGUUACUUUCAUGAUCAGUGAGCCUUGCACAUGCUGCCAUGGUACUGGUCGUGUGGAAGCUCUUGACACAUCCUUUUCAAAGAUAGAACGUGAAAUAUGUCGACGCCUUGCUGCUUCUCGGCGAAAAUCAGAUCCUGAGAAACCAAAAUCAUGGCCAAGAUUUGUGCUUAGAGUGGAUCAUGAGAUGUGCACAUAUUUGACAUCGGGAAAGAAGACAAAACUAGGACUUCUGAGUAGCUCCCUCAAAGUGUGGAUUUUGUUGAAGAUCGCCAGAGGUUUCUCCCGUGGUGCUUUUGAACUGCUACCAUACUCAGAGAAGGAAAAUGACGAGGAGAAAGAAACGGUAUCAGAGUCACCACAGAAAGAGGGAAGCCCCAAACUGUCUGUUUUUCCUAUCAAGAAGUGGAUGAGCCGUGCAAAACGAGCAAAGUGAACCUCUUGCAAAGGCAACAAUUUUAUUGGCAUGUCCCCUUCAUGGCUAUUCGCAGAUUAUAACAAGCGCAGAAUCAAGAAGGGGCUGAUGCAUUUGAUUUGCAGAGAUCCAAGUGUCAGAUAUCCAGAUGACCUCCUGACCAACUUAUGCUUACAGUUUCUUUUUUUAGUUCCGUAAUAAUGCAAAACAUCUAGGGUUUAGGAAGAGUAGGACGGGUAUUUUGGACGGGAACUAGACUAUUAGUAUGUGAGGAGCAGGAGGCUCUGGGUCUAGGGGAGAUUCUAGUAGCGUAGCUUUUCUAUUCUUUACAGCAGUUAACAUGCUAGACUUUGAGGCGAUUCCAAUGAUUUUUUUAAUUCAUUAUCAAGACCCUUAUUCAAACAUUAAUGACCCUUAUCCAAACA